AUGCACUCAAAUGACAUCCUGUUCUUGGAACCUGGCAACUUCGUGCUGCCAAGUGCCUCGGCGCCGGCAUACAGCACCAGCUUUGCUGUCCUUUCACAACCCACAGGAUCUACGCCCAGCUACUUCGUUGCUCCUUCCGCCUCCGGUGCCCUCCACUCUGGCAGGAACGCACCUUCUUCGCCGCCGUCCUUCCAGCACCGGCAGCCAACCUCGUCGCCAACUGGCAACAGCGACCGCCCUUUUGCAGACGUUGAGGAGCGGCAAGCAGGCCCACGGUCUGUCUGGCCCAGAGAAGUCCCGUGA